UUGGUUAGUUAAAUAUUCCCACAACGGGAAGGAAAAAGAAAAUUAUAUCUCCAAACAAGUUAUUUGUUAAACUUAACCCUUCCUUCAAGUCUUUUUAUACAAAUGUGGUGGUUACAUAUUGGAUGUAUUUUUAUUUCUCUUUCAACUUUUACACCCUACAGUUUGGGAGUAGAGAUACCUGAAAAGUUUCAAAAGUCAAAUCACACUAACAACUGGGCAGUCUUGGUUGAUACUUCUAGAUUUUGGUUUAACUAUCGUCAUGUAGCCAACGUCUUAUCAAUCUACCGGAGUGUGAAGCGGCUGGGUAUACCUGACAGCCAGAUUAUAUUAAUGAUAUCGGACGAUAUGGCUUGCAAUCCAAGAAACCCCAGACCAGCCACAAUAUUUAACAAUGCACAUGAACAGAUCAAUGUUUAUGGAGAUGAUGUUGAAGUGGACUAUAGAGGUUAUGAAGUAUCUGUAGAGAACUUCAUUCGUUUGCUCACUGGACGAGUUCCCCCUGAUACUCCUCGGUCAAAGCAGUUGCUUACAGAUGAAGGUAGCAAUAUAUUGAUCUAUCUCACCGGACAUGGAGGAGACGGGUUCCUCAAGUUUCAAGACUCGGAGGAGGUAACCAGCCAGGAGCUGGCAGAUGCUUUAGAGCAAAUGUGGCAAAAAAGAAGGUACAAUGAAAUAUUUUUCAUUAUUGAUACCUGUCAAGCAUCCUCCAUGUAUGAAAAAUUCUAUUCUCCCAACAUUUUAGCUACUGCCAGCAGUUUAGUUGGGGAGGAUUCUCUUUCACACCAUGUGGAUUCAGCUAUCGGUGUCUAUAUCAUUGACCGAUACACUUACUACGUUUUAGAGUUUUUGGAAAAUGUUCACACUAAUAGUCAGAAGACUAUGACUGAAUUUUUGGCAGUGUGCCCGAAAAGCGCUUGCCUAUCGACUGUUGGAGUUCGUCGAGAUCUCUUCAAGAGGGAUCCUAGCAAAGUGCCCAUCACCGAUUUCUUUGGCUCAGUGCGCCCUGUUGUCAUAACAACUAAUACCAUUGACAUAAUGGAUAUUCCCAAGAGGAAGAAGACUGAAAUUGAAAACCGAACAAAAGUAUUAGAGAAAAGGAAGUACCUGCCACAGUUCCCAAUGCAUCUAGUACAAGGCAGUACACAGUAGUAUCAGUCGUAUAAAAUUAGCUAGGGAACUAACAAAUAAUAAUUUAUAAUUACCAAUAAUAGUGUCAGUCUUGAUGAAAAAGCUUUAAUUAUUUACAUUGAACAAUGAUUUCAUCUGUAUGUAGAAUUAGUAAAUUUUUUUCACCAGCAUAUUAGUCAGCUACCGAACAAAGUGUGAAAUAAAACAG